AUGCUGUUCAAUCGAGCCCUAUCUCUGCUUGUCGCCAGUGCCACCAUCCACCAAUGCGCCGCAGACGAGGAAGCUGGCGCCAACGAACUUCCCAUUCUCAUGAAGGAAGAGUUUGGCACCGGAGAUGUUGUGGUGACGGAUGCGCCCAGAAUUGUUGCGGACAUGACGAUGGCGGCGUUGGAUGUGGCAUUGCCCAGCGAUGUCAAUUUGACGGCAACGUAUUCAUCGGAUGUUGUGCCAAUCUUAUCGGGAUGCACUGGAACACCCACUAUGAUUACGAUCCACACGCCCUACAGCACUGUCACGCUUCGGACUGAUGAUGAAUACCCAAUUACCUACGCCCCGGCCAUUCCCACGGCCGAUGUGACGAGCGAGUCUAGGGUAUCUACAGAUGUAGAUUCGGGUUUGAGCACGGCCACUGUCACUUCAACUAGAACCACGUCGAUAUCGACCUCAUCGGCAGAGGACAUUUCGACCACCCCUGUGGUUGAGUCUUUGACGGCUACAUCUAGUGAGCUCCACCUAUCGACCUCCGAGACUACUUCAAGAGAUGCCAUCACGGCCUCAAAUGACUUUGGUUCGCAGUCAAGCUCGUCUGCCAAGCCGGAAGCAACUGUGAACGACAAUAAUGUCUCCGAUGAAGACAAUACCGCAUCAAGCGGAGGAGCUGGAAGAACAUUCAGCGCAAUGGGAAUGGGAGCGUUGUUAGCAUUUGGGGCGUGGUUCCUGGGGACCGCAUAG